CGGGAGCCCGGGGCUGGCCGGGCGGGAGGGCUGGCGGCCAGGCGGGCGGCGGCGGCGGCCUCUGGGUAGUAGAGGGGGCUCCGGGGCUGAGUCCGCGUCGACGCCGGCCGCGGAGGCGGCACCAUGGGCAAGGGGUAGAGGGGCAAGUUGGCCACCGCCGCCGCCGGGGGUGGUGGGAGAGCCGCUCCGGGGGAGGGGGCGGGUGGGGGAGGGAGGGGCGGGCAGCCGCGCGGCCGCGGCACUUUUUUAAUUUUUGCGGGUGCCGCAGCGGCGACCCCUCGGCGCCGAUGUCCCUGAUCCCUGGAGCGACGACGGCCGCAGCCUAAGCUGGAAACCCGGAGCCUCGCCGCUGCCCUCCUGCGCCGCCGCUUCCUCCUCUCCCUGCCAGGAGUUGAAGCGGAGCUGCGGCACCUCCCUGGCGGAUCUGGUAUCCCCCCCACCGGCUGCUGAGGCUGCCGGCCCUCUCCCCUGGACCGCCACCCGGAGAGCGAGCGGCGGGGCCGGGAUUUGGCUGCGUGUUGGCUGAGUGCGACACACCGCGAGCGCGGGCAGUGGAGGCGCCGCGGCGGCCGUGGCCGCUCGGGGCGCAGCGGUAGUCAGGUGUGUGUGUACAGCGGGGGACGCGCGCUGCCGGCUCCUGGGCUGGCGACAGAUUGUGCAGGAAUGCGAGGAAUGCACCAGGGGCAGAGUCCACACAGCCCGCCGCGGCUGCACUAGCGCCUUCCCUCCCCAGCUCUCGCCGCGCAGCCAGAGGUCACCGGAGCAUCUUCGGAGCUGGAGGAAUGCCAGCUCCUGAGCAGGCCUCAUUGGUGGAGGAGGGGCAACCACAGACCCGCCAGGAAGCUGCCUCCACUGGCCCAGGCAUGGAACCCGAGACCACAGCCACCACUAUUCUAGCAUCCGUGAAGGAGCAGGUAGUUCAGGAAGCUUCCCAGGCUCCUAAGAAGGAGCUUCAGUUUCAACGACUCACCCGAGAACUGGAAGUGGAAAGGCAGAUUGUUGCCAGUCAGCUAGAAAGAUGUAGGCUUGGAGCAGAAUCACCAAGCAUCGCCAGCACCAGCUCAACUGAGAAGUCAUUUCCUUGGAGAGCAGCAGAUGUGCCAAAUACUGGUGUAAGCAAACCUAAAGUUUCUGACGCUGUCCAUCCCAACAACUAUCUCAUCAGGACAGAGCCAGAACAAGGAACCCUCUAUUCACCAGAACAGACAUCUCUUCAUGAAAGUGAGGGAUCAUUGGGUAACUCAAGAAGUUCAACACAAAUGAAUUCUUAUUCUGACAGUGGAUACCAGGAAGCAGGGAGUUUCCACAACAGCCAGAACGUGAGCAAGGCAGACAACAGACAGCAGCAUUCAUUCAUAGGAUCAACUAACAACCAUGUGGUGAGGAAUUCAAGAGCUGAAGGACAAACACUGGUUCAGCCAUCAGUAGCCAAUCGGGCCAUGAGAAGAGUUAGUUCAGUUCCAUCUAGAGCACAGUCUCCUUCUUAUGUUAUCAGCACAGGCGUGUCUCCUUCAAGGGGGUCACUGAGAACUUCUCUGGGUAGUGGAUUUGGCUCUCCGUCAGUGACCGACCCCCGACCUCUGAACCCCAGUGCAUAUUCCUCCACCACAUUACCUGCUGUGCGGGCAGCCUCUCCGUACUCACAGAGACCCGCCUCCCCAACAGCUAUACGGCGGAUUGGGUCAGUCACCUCCCGGCAGACCUCCAAUCCCAACGGACCAACCCCUCAAUACCAAACCACCGCCAGAGUGGGGUCCCCACUGACCCUGACGGAUGCACAGACUCGAGUAGCUUCCCCAUCCCAAGGCCAGGUGGGGUCGUCGUCCCCCAAACGCUCAGGGAUGACCGCCGUACCACAGCAUCUGGGACCUUCACUGCAAAGGACUGUUCAUGACAUGGAGCAAUUCGGACAGCAGCAGUAUGACAUUUAUGAGAGGAUGGUUCCACCCAGGCCAGACAGCCUGACAGGCUUACGGAGUUCCUAUGCUAGUCAGCACAGUCAGCUUGGGCAAGACCUUCGUUCUGCCGUGUCUCCCGAUUUGCACAUUACUCCUAUAUAUGAGGGGAGGACCUAUUACAGCCCAGUGUAUCGCAGCCCAAACCAUGGAACUGUGGAGCUCCAGGGAUCGCAGACGGCGUUGUAUCGCACAGGUUCAGUAGGUAUUGGAAAUCUACAAAGGACAUCCAGCCAACGAAGUACCCUUACAUACCAAAGAAAUAAUUAUGCUCUGAACACAACAGCUACCUACGCAGAGCCCUACAGGCCUAUACAAUACCGAGUGCAAGAGUGCAAUUAUAACAGGCUUCAGCACAUAGUGUCGGCUGAUGAUGGCACCACAAGAUCCCCAUCAAUAGACAGCAUUCAGAAGGACCCCAGGGAGUUUGCCUGGCGUGAUCCUGAGUUGCCUGAGGUCAUUCACAUGCUUCAGCACCAGUUCCCAUCUGUUCAAGCAAAUGCAGCGGCCUACCUGCAGCACCUGUGCUUUGGCGACAACAAAGUGAAGAUGGAGGUUUGUAGGUUAGGGGGAAUCAAGCAUCUGGUUGACCUUUUGGACCACAGAGUUUUAGAAGUUCAGAAGAAUGCUUGUGGUGCCCUUCGAAACCUCGUUUUUGGCAAGUCUACAGAUGAAAAUAAAAUAGCAAUGAAGAAUGUUGGUGGGAUACCUGCCUUGUUGCGUCUGUUGAGAAAAUCUAUUGAUGCAGAAGUAAGGGAGCUUGUUACAGGAGUUCUUUGGAAUUUAUCCUCAUGUGAUGCUGUAAAAAUGACAAUCAUUCGAGAUGCUCUUUCAACCUUAACAAACACUGUGAUCGUUCCACAUUCUGGAUGGAAUAACUCUUCUUUUGAUGAUGAUCAUAAAAUUAAAUUUCAGACUUCACUAGUUCUGCGUAACACGACAGGUUGCCUGAGGAACCUCAGCUCCGCGGGGGAAGAAGCUCGGAAGCAAAUGCGGUCCUGCGAGGGGCUGGUAGACUCGCUGUUGUAUGUGAUCCACACGUGUGUGAACACAUCUGAUUACGACAGCAAGACAGUGGAGAACUGCGUGUGCACCCUGAGGAACCUGUCCUAUCGGCUAGAGCUGGAGGUGCCCCAGGCCCGGUUACUGGGACUGAACGAAUUGGAUGACUUACUAGGAAAAGAGUCUCCCAGCAAAGACUCUGAGCCAAGCUGCUGGGGGAAGAAGAAGAAAAAGAAAAAGAGGACUCCGCAAGAAGACCAAUGGGAUGGAGUUGGUCCUAUCCCAGGAUUGUCAAAGUCCCCCAAAGGGGUUGAGAUGCUGUGGCACCCAUCGGUGGUAAAACCAUAUCUGACUCUUCUAGCAGAAAGUUCCAACCCAGCCACCUUGGAAGGCUCUGCCGGGUCUCUCCAGAACCUCUCUGCUGGCAACUGGAAGUUUGCAGCAUACAUCCGGGCGGCCGUCCGAAAAGAAAAGGGGCUCCCCAUCCUUGUGGAGCUUCUGAGAAUGGAUAAUGAUAGAGUUGUUUCUUCCGUGGCAACCGCCUUGAGGAAUAUGGCACUCGAUGUUCGCAACAAGGAGCUCAUAGGCAAAUACGCCAUGCGAGACCUGGUCAACCGGCUCCCCGGCGGCAACGGCCCCAGUGUCUUGUCUGAUGAGACCAUGGCAGCCAUCUGCUGUGCUCUGCACGAGGUCACCAGCAAAAACAUGGAGAACGCGAAAGCCCUGGCCGACUCAGGAGGCAUAGAGAAGCUGGUGAACAUAACCAAAGGCAGGGGCGACAGAUCAUCUCUGAAAGUGGUGAAGGCAGCAGCCCAGGUCUUGAAUACAUUAUGGCAAUAUCGGGACCUCCGGAGCAUUUAUAAAAAGGAUGGGUGGAAUCAGAACCAUUUUAUUACACCUGUGUCGACAUUGGAGCGAGACCGAUUCAAAUCACAUCCUUCCUUGUCUACCACCAACCAACAGAUGUCACCCAUCAUUCAGUCAGUCGGCAGCACCUCUUCCUCACCAGCACUGUUAGGAAUCAGAGACCCUCGCUCUGAAUACGAUAGGACCCAGCCACCUAUGCAGUAUUACAAUAGCCAAGGGGAUGCCACACAUAAAGGCCUGUACCCUGGCUCCAGCAAACCUUCACCAAUUUACAUCAGUUCCUAUUCCUCACCAGCAAGAGAACAAAAUAGACGGCUACAGCAUCAACAGCUGUAUUAUAGUCAAGAUGACUCCAACAGAAAGAACUUUGAUGCAUACAGAUUGUAUUUGCAGUCUCCUCAUAGCUAUGAAGACCCUUAUUUUGAUGACCGAGUUCACUUUCCAGCUUCUACUGAUUACUCAACACAGUACGGACUGAAAUCGACCACAAAUUAUGUAGACUUUUAUUCCACUAAACGACCUUCUUAUAGAGCAGAACAGUACCCAGGGUCCCCAGACUCAUGGGUGUAGCAUCAAGAUGCCCGACAGAGGAACUCUUUCUUUCUAACCUUGUUUGGAUUGAGGUGAAAAGUCCAUCUUGCUGAUUUGAUGAUUGAAAUGUGAAAGUGAAGUGGAAGGAAUGAGUGAAGUGCGUUUUUUUUUUUUUCUUUUUUGAGGAAUUAUCAGGGAAGUGAGGAAAUUUUGGGAGAGGACUUUCUAAGCUCUAUUUAGUUGUUAGAUCUAAUUACUUAUAGAUUCUGUAGUCUGGUGAAGGUGUGGGUGACGUGAUGAGAGGUUUGAGAAAUGGGUGAAAUGAAAUGGGGGAUGUGUAGGUCAAAUCAAAUUAAAGAUUUUUUUAAUGUGAAUAAAGUUAUGUUCUGAUAGUUUGUACAGAAAAAAUAAAAUGGAUGCCCAUGUUUUAUUGCUAUUACUAAAUGUCAAGAUUGUAUGCUAUUAUGUCUUGUAAAUUUCUUUGUUGGUGUAAAUAUGGAAAUGCCACAUUGGUUAAGUGCCAUCAUUUGUAAUGCAGUGUGUCACUUGAGAAGAGAUUUGAAGAAACUGACAACUUCAAAAACAAAUGGGAAGCCCAAGGAACUGUGAGCAAUUAAAAACAAACUGCGAUGCCCUUUGUCCCCACCACGCGUAGUGUACUUUGGAAGCACAACGUCCAGGCUGGUACCGCAGCGCCAUGCCCAUUCCUCGCCUCGUUCAUAGGACACUUCACUGCCAUUUUCUAUGCACAUAAAAGAAAAAUAAAUGUGGAAAUUUCAUCCUUGGAAA